AUGAAGGUGAUUUUGUCUCAGUGGCUCCGACGAUGGCAAAUGAAGAAGGUGGUUAAAGCUCGCGACGACGCGAGAGUUUUGUGGAAGAAGAUAACGAUUCACGGCGGCGAAAAAGAUAAGUUCAUUCUCUUGAACUUAGGGUUUCGAUUUGGGGAUUUGCUUCGUGACUGUUCGUGUGUUUGUUGUGAAUUCUUUCCUUUUCACCUUCAGUUCCUAUGUCAACAUAAACAAAAACAAGUUAAAGAAUAUAAUGUUAGUAAAAUAAACUCAAGAUCGCGUGGUUCUUGCAGGGGUUUCGUGACGGCUCGAGAGGGGGUGAUUGAGGAUGUCGAAUUCGCGUAA